AUGGGGUGGUUUGGCGGCAAUAAAGUAUCCAGUGUGACACCCGUGAAUGAAAAUGAAGCGGCCCCAGCUCAACAGCAAUUUCUUGAAGACCUUCCACCCAAGUUUGACGACCUGAUUGCUCCUCCCGAUCAACAAGAACAACCACAACUCAAGAUCUCUAUUACUGAUUUUAAUGUGAACACAUAUCUAGGAAUGCCUUGCUUCCGAGAGGCUAUGCUUACUGGAUUUCAAGCGAUGGGGGUGCUCGGAGUGGUUACAUUCUUGAUACAUAAACAAGUCAUGCGUUCAGUUCAUUGGGCGGUGGGGGGUUUUUUCCUAGGAAACGUUGUGGGGUUUGAACAGUGUCGACUGAUCCGCCGGCGAUCUUUCGAAACGAUGGAGAAAGCCCGUCAAAAGAAUGCUAAACGAAACGAAGAGAAGUGGCAGGAAAAGGAGGACACAGAUGUGCAACAGCAAUUCGAGGAAUUUAAUCAAAGAAGGUGA